ACUCACAUGCAGCAGGCUGCAGCAUGGCCUCCCGUGGCACCGGUCUCUUGGCUUUUCAUCAAGGACAGCCCAGAACUCUCUCUCUCUCCCCUUUAUUUUUUUCCUUUCUUCUCAUUCCCUGUUGUCCUGCUCUGAAGCAGGACUGCAAGAUCAGGAUGGCAUCAUGAGAAGGAACACUAGGGAACCUAUGCUGCACUAGACAGGCUGACUAAUCUCCCUUUAAAUAAUCUCCCUUUAAAUAGUCUGGAAGCACACUGGUGAGUUUCUGUUUCAGGAGCCAUAAAUAGCCAGAUCCAUGCUGCACAAUGGCUGCGUUCCCUGUCUUGGAGCAAGAAACGUUAUUCCGGAAUGGGAGCUGGAGCUAUCGAAUCCCAGCCCUGCUGUACCUGCCGCGGUUCAGCAUGAUCCUGGCCUUUGCUGAGGAGCGAGAGGACCUGGUGGAUGAGCAUGCCAAGCUCAUAGCCAUGCGCAGAGGCGUGUAUGACCCAGCCACACAGCACGUUCAGUGGAAAAGGAUGGAGACUCUUGUCAGUGCACAGCUGGAAGGCUACCGAUCUAUGAACCCCUGCCCAGUAUAUGAUGAGGUCUCAGGGAAACUCAUCUUGUUCUUCAUAGCUGUCCCAGGAAAGGUCUCUGAGCAGCAUCAGCUGAGGACAAAGAUCAACCUGGUACGUCUCUGCUAUGUCACUAGCAUGGACCAAGGACGCACCUGGAGCACUGCCCAGGAUGUCACCGACAGGACCAUUAGGAAUGAGUACAAGAACUGGGCCACGUUUGCAGUGGGGCCGGGUCAUGGUUUACAAUUGCUCAAUGAGGCCCGGAGCCUUGUGAUUCCUGCCUAUGCCUAUCGUAUCUUGGAUCCCAAGAAACACCCCACCCCUCACGCCUUCUGUUUCAUCAGCUCUGACCAUGGGACAACCUGGGAGAAGGGGAACUUCGUGGGGGAGGAGAGCGUGGUGGAGUGCCAGGUAGCAGAGGUGCAUACCUGUGGCAGAAAGGUCCUUUACUGCAAUGCAAGGAGCAACAGAGGAGCCAGGAUCCAGGCUGUCAGCUACAACCACGGGCUGGACUUCAAGGAAGGUCAGCGGGUUGAAAUGCUAGUAGAACCUCCCUCUGGAUGCCAUGGAAGUGUUACUGCCUUUCCACCUCCCUCAGAUGCCACAUGUCAAGAUAGUUGGUUACUCUAUGCUCAUCCUACAGACCCAAGGGGCCGAAAAGAUUUAGGAAUUUACCUCAACAAAAGUCCUUUAAAUCCAGCACACUGGACAAAACCCAGCAUACUCUUCAAGGGCCUGUGUGCUUAUUCAGAUCUGCAGUACAUGGGUGUUGGGCCCGAUGGCUCACCUUUGUUCUCCUGCCUCUUUGAAUAUGGGACCCACAGACAAUGUGAAGAGAUUAUUUUUGUCAUGUUCACUUUGAAGCAAGCCUUUCCCUCAGAACACUGAGUCUUGAGCCUUUCCAUCAGCACACCUCUGAAAACCAUCUUUGCUGAUGCUUUUUGUUGUCAUUUCUCAUCCCUCAGCAAAAGGGUUUUUUUCACUCCUGCUGCACACAGUUUGGUGUUGGCUUGUUGUGUCUGUAGAUUGUGAAGUCCAUUAAACAUACCACAACUUAA